ACGAGAUAAUUUUGCAUUUGCAUUGUUAAUAAAAUAUCUCGAAUAAUAGAAUGAAUUCUCAUUUGUGGAUAAUUAUUUUGACAUUACCUUCGAUACAUAUGUUUUAUUCUAUUAUGUAAACUCUCUUUAACAUUCUUAUCUGCAGAUAUAAAAAAAAAAUCUUUAUAUUCGCGUUCAAUAUUGACCCUGCUGAAAUAUUUAAACAUCAUUAGUGACAGUACAUCUAUCGCAUCAUGAGAUUAGGACACGAAGAGUAUUUAAAGUCAGAAGAAUAAAAAAUGCAAGAGUUAUCAUUCAGACCUUGCUAUCUAAGAAAUCAUGUUUUUUAAAUUUAUUGCAAUCACCAUUGCGGUGUCAGUCGUUGCUGCCCAAAGACCUGUAAAGCCGAAUCGUUUGCCUCAAUGGCCGAUCGACGGGAAAUGCACUCCCGGGGUGAAGUAUCAGAAUGAUUGCAACAUUUGUAUUUGCACGUCAGCAGGAAUAGGCGCAUGUACAGUGAUGGAAUGCGUAGGUCAGAGAUCAGUUCGACUAGCAGGAAUUGUCCCAGAGAAAUUCGUCCGAAAAUAUCCACAAUGGCCCGGUAUUGAGAAUUGCAUUCCUGGAGUGAUUUACCAGAACGAUUGCAAUAUCUGUGAAUGCACCGAAUCGAUAUAUUCUCCAUGUACAGCGUUGGAGUGCGAUGGCGGAAGGGUAAAAAGAUCAAAUGAUCAGUUACAUCUGUAUAUUGGGAAGAGUGACAUUCGUCCAGUUGGUGCUGUCCCCAGGAAAUCUGCACACCACGACGAUCUGGUACAAUGGCCUGGGGAUGGAAAAUGCACUCCUGGGGUGGUAUACAAAAAUGAUUGCAACACGUGUAAGUGUACCGCGGACCGCAUGGGUGAAUGCACUUUAAAGUAUUGUGGCGAAUCCAGAAAAAUGAGAUCUGCUACGAAAUCACCGAUACUUUCAUCUGUCAAUCGGUUUGAAGAUUUACCUAAUCUUCCUUUAGAUGGGCCCUGCGAAGCGGGACGUAUCUAUAAAUUCGAGUGCAACACAUGUCGAUGUACUUCAGAUCUUCGUCAUGCAUGUACUGAUAUGGCUUGUUAAUGAAUCCAUUAAAUUGUUAUUCUCAUUUUGCCCGAAAAUAAAAGAUCAUUCUGUCAUG